AUGCCAAGUGGCAAAGGCAUCCCCCCGUUGCCCGGUGCUACCGACCCAAAACUCCGGGGGCACCUCGAGGAAGGCAAGGCGAUGAUCCCGUACCUAGGUAGGCAACAGGAGCCCAACAAAUCCGGAGAUGGCAAGGGGCAGUGGGCAGCUUGGAAAGGGAUGAAGUUGGCGAGGGAAUAUGAAGCGCACAGCGGUAGCUACGAGGACGACCCUGGGUCCGAAAACGAGCCAAAGACGGGUGCGCCUGUGGCCAAGAGCGAGAGCAAGAAGAAAGCAUAA